CUUGCGCGUGUGUGCCUCUGCAAAUCUCGUUUCCCCUUCCAUGCUAGAGUCGAGGUGAUUCAGAUUCGGCCCACUGCGCCCACCAUCCACUGAAACCCUCUUAUUCUGCCAUUGCUGUCCUUCGUCAAACAUCUUUUCCAAUCUCUGCCUUCAGUCUUCUCUUCUCUUCAAUCCAAUCGAUUCACACUUCAUCCUUCUCCUUCGUCCUUUCAAUCCUCUUCUCCCAAUCAGGCAUAACAUACACUGCAGGUAAUUCCACUCCCUCCUCAACCUUUGAACUUCCCCAACCUCCCUGACACAAAGCCUUGUGGUCAUCCCUGCCUUUGUCAACAAACCCUCCAUCCUUCCUUCUUCGCUUGAUCUCCUUCUCAACCACAUCUCAUCCCACUCUCAUUCAUUUUCCGAGCAUCUGCCUCUCUUGUUCCUUCUUGACGCUCCCUCUCUGCUUUCAUUUUCUUACCAGCUUAUACCGCAGAUAUCUGCAUCACCUACCACCACCUAAUUUCAACCACCUUCCACCACAAUGUCUGUCGAGGCCAAACCCGUCGAAGAGACCCCGGCUGUCGAGCCUACAAAGGCCGUGCCGGAGCAGGAAUCAGCAACUGCCGCAGCUCCUGCUGAUCCCGCAGCCACGGAGCCCACGCCUACCGACGAAUCCACCCCUGCUGAGGCAGAGGGCGAGACUGCCACUCCCGCUGCAGCUGAUGCUGAAGAGGUCAAGGAAGACGAAGCGGUGGUAGAAGCUGUCCCUACCUCUGAGGGCGUUCUGGGUUACAAGGAGCCCCAUUUCUUCAAGAAAUUUCUCUUCACCAAGCACUACUUCUGGGUUUCCGAGGAGCCUUCGUCACCAGAGUCUCUCGCUACGUUCCUUCGAACCGAGAAGGCUGAAUCCAAGCACACCUCUGCAGCAUGGGCACGAGAGACCGGCAAGGGUCUCCUCUUUUAUGCCAAGAGAGCCGAGGAUAAGGCAGCCCCAGCUGGUGUGAUCAACCUGUCGGAUGCCUCAGUCAUCACAAAAGAGGGUUUCCAACAUUUCUCGUUCAAGGCUGGUGGUCAGCAGCAUAGGUUCGAAGCAACCAACUCCAAGGAGCGUGAUAGCUGGAUUGUUGCCGUGGAAAAGGCCAUUGAAGAAGCUAAGGCAAUCAAGGAGGAGAUCACUGGCAGUGAAAGCUACAAGAAGAACUUGGACGAUUAUUCCAAGCCUGUAGUUGCCCCCACGCCAGUCGCUACCAAGACCUCGCGCUCCAAAUCGAAGGAGCCCAAGAAGUCGCUGGAUGUCUCCGCCGUCACGGCCGCUGCAUCCACAGCCCCUGCCGACAAGCCUGUUGCGGAUAAUGCUAGCAGCUCUUCCGCCAGCACCAACGAAGCCACCAAGGCCGCAAAAAAGGAAAAGGAGCGAUCCCAAUCUCGAAAGCGGGGUAGCAUCUUUGGUUCUCUUCUCGCAAAGAAGGAAGAAAAGGCUGAGGUCAAGAAGGAAGUGAAGGAAGAGAAGGCGGCCGAGGCCGAAGCGAAGAAGGAAGAGGCUGCAGCUACCGAUGCGCCUACCACCACUGUUGACGCCGCAGAGUCUUCUGCUGCCGCGACCGCUGCCGCUGUUGCACCCGCUGCCGCCGUCGCUGCUGUUGAACCCAAGGAGGACAGCGCAGCCGUCGCCACUCCUGCGACCGAGAAGAAGGCUAAGCGAGGCUCCGUCUUCGGUAGCAUCUUCAAGAAAGGCGUGACCAGCCCGACAACCGAGAAGACUGAGAAGGAAGCCACAACCUCCGAUAUCCCCCCUGUUUCUGAGACGGCCCCAAAGCUCGAUGAGCCCAUUGAGAACAAGCCUAUCGAUACCGCCGCAGUGACUGCUCCAGCAGACAACGUCGAGACCCCAGCCCCUGUUCCUGCCACCACCGAGGCUGCCAAAGAUGCCACCACACCUGCACCUACGGAGACCACACCAGCAAAGACUGAAAAGAAGAGCGGCAUCUUUGGUUUCAUCAAGAAGCCAGAGACCAAGCCAGAGACAAAGAAGGAUGUCAAGGAAGAAGCCAAGGAGGAAGCUGCAGCUGAGACCAUUGCGAAAGACCCUGUCGCUGCCGCUGCUCCAGUUGAACCUGCUGCCGAAGCUCCAGCGACCGAUGCCGCUGCGGAGACAGCCACCCCCGCCAAGGAAGAACGCCCUGCCCGUGAUCACACCCGCCGAACCUCUCUCUUCUUCAACAAGAACAAGAAAGAGACCACUAGCGACGGAGAAGGUGCAGCCGAAACCAAGCGUGAAAAGUCUCCCCUCCCAGGCAAAUUCAUCGGUAACCUUGUUCGCCGCGCUAGCAAAGCGGUGAAGAGUGACACUCCCAAGGAUAAGCCUGCUACCGAGACCGCCGUCCCUGAACCCGUCAAAGAGUCUACUACCACCGAGCCAACAACUGAAGCCGCCGCCGCCGCCGCUGCUGCUGAACCUGAGACCAAGGCCGUAGAGGACCCUGUUCCCGAAGUCGUCACAGAAGCUGCUCCCGCUGAGCCAGCUGCGGUUACCACUGCCCCUGAGGUCAAGGCCACUGCCUGAAGGUCUAACGAGGCCAGAGGGGAAAGCCCACUCACAUCUCUUCCGCAUUCAUCUCGACUGUCUAGAGCGGCCAGUCCGGUCGAGUUCGAGAAGUGGUGGGACGAGGAUACUCGGGUCACUCCUUCAAUCCCCCCUCGCAGCCCUUCUCGUCUCUCUGGCCUCGUCACUUGAUGACAGCUUGAUGAUGCACACUACCCAUCAGUCACUCGUUCCAAGAGAUACCCAGGUCUCGCGCUUACCCACGGCAAACUCGGACAACAUUCCUUUUGCUAUGUUUCGUGUUUUUUUGCUUUGUUUCGUCAUUCAGGAUACCCCACAUCACUAGAUUGAGAUUGCCCCCCGUGGCAAUAGUCAGUGUCCGAUUGGAAUUGGUCUUGCGUUUUGCAGUACAGAUACCCCACUUAGGCAAAGUCUUGUCCUUACGAGAAAAGAUACCCCCAGAGUUUCAGAUCAGCACCUGGCCUAUGUGCUGGAUGGCUGGAUGGAUUUUCGAUGACAUGAGCACUCGGGAGGCUGCAUGGUUUUGAAUGAAACCAGCUUUCCCCUGUGCUGUGAUGUGGAAGAUUGGUCCUUUGCAUUUUCGAAUGCGGUCAUUGCUACUUGGUCGGACAUGUGAUUUGAAAUGUCGAUAUUUCAUUGCUGAAAGGAAGGUGAUAAUGGAGAAUGGCGAGCCCCAAGCUCAAGUCAACUGAUGCAGAUAUUAUUGUAUCUCGAUCUGGACUUGAAGGAGACGAAAUCACAGUCUGAGUACUAGUGUCGUCUCGUCAGGCACUCGGUCUUCAGGAAGACGAGGGUGCCCGAUUGUCAAGUAGCUAGGGUAGCACAGCUAAUAACUAGAUAAUACUCAUAAAAAGCCGUCCACCUUGCAAGGUUGGUUGGCAACUUGCAUGUA